UGGCAGAACUUUUCACUUGACACCGCUACUCACCACCACCACCACCUUCAUUUAUAACACAAAAUCCAGUCCUAUGGACCCUUCUAUUCGGAGGCUGUGGUUUUGAAUGAAUCAUUAAGCUCAUCUCAUAGGUUGAUCUCACAAUACAGACAUAUAAAAGGAGGAGGAGGUGAGUAAGAAUGUCAGGUGUGUCUCUAGCUACAGCUGAUAGAAGUGAACCUAAUCAGCUCGACAAACAGGAGAAAACUAUGAUAGGGGGAGUAAUGGGAUCAUUGCGCGUGAUCGAACUCCAACUUGUUGCUUUCAUAAUGGUUUUCUCGGCAACUGGGCUUGUCCCACUUCUUGAUUUAGUAUUCCCAGCAUUUGCUUCUGCUUAUAUUUUAUUGCUUUCUCGGUUGGCCUUCCCUUCAAAUGGCAGAGUCAGUUCUGGCUCGCAAGAGAUUUUUCAAGGAAGCAAAUUCUUUUGGUUGUAUGUUAUUGUGGGAACCAGAGUGGAUACUGAGAACAUCAUUAGUGGGUUGUCACUUUUCUCGCCACCAGUGAGAGCAUUAGUCCCAUUGCUUUACACAGUUAGGAGAAUCUUUGUCAUUCUUGAUUGGAUACAGGAUGUGUGGCUUAACAAAACUCUACCAGCUAAUGCACAAGCUAAGGACAUUGCCUGGUAUUGGUUUGGGAGGAUUUUAGCAGCUGUGAACCUGCUAUAUUUCUCUAUCAAUCUAUUUGGAUUUUUGAUCCCUCGAUUCCUUCCUCGGGCCUUCGAGAAAUAUUUCCAUGAGGGGGAUGAAACUCACUGGAAGAUGGCAGAGGACAAGCGUUCUGCUGCUGCAAACAAAUCCCAAUCCACAGACAAGAAAGUUGAUUAGCAUGCAUGCCUUGCUGGUUGUCUGUUGCAAUAGCUUUUUCACUUAAAAUGAGUUAGUUUUGGCAGAGAACCAUCUUUGUUUCAUAGUAUCUUUAAUUAAUCUUCCCUCUUCAGUAGCUUUUUGGACACAUAUUGCAGAUCUUCUCAGUUGUGUUUAGCCAUUGCCAGUGUAUCUAUAUAUGUUAAAAUUAAAUACUUCCCUUUUGCUUGAA